CGCAUGUUGUUCCUCCUCCGCACCAGCAGGUGGCAGCAGUCAAACCCACGCGGGGUUCGGAGAGGAAGAAAGUUCGGUGCCGGAAGCUCUGAAGUCUCAUUUAGUAAACAGACACUUUCUGUCCACUUUAUCCCGGCUAUGGACCCGCCCGAGUCACAAGGACCUGAUGGCUGCGCACUCGGUCCAGAACCGAACCCCGAACCCGAGCUUUCUGCCGCGAUGCGGGCUAAAAUCGAACGGAACCGACAGCGGGCGUUGAUGCUCCGGCAAGCCCGCCUGGCGAGUCGCCCCUCGGCCGCUGUAGAAGGCGGGACGUCCGCCAAAGUGUCCAGAACCAUCGACUCCGGGGCGGGCUUCUUCAUCGAUGAGGAGGAGGAGGGAGGAGGGGGAGGGGAGGGGAAGUCCAGGACGGUGGUGCAGGAACCAGCCCCCGUGAUUGAACCCGAGUACCUGCUGUGUGACGACUGUCAGAAGCCUUUCAUGGACUCGGUCCUCAGCAACAGCUUUGACUUGUCUGUGUGCGACAAGUGCAGAGACACGGAGGGAAAGCAUAAGCUGAUCUCCAGAACUGAAGCUAAGCAGCGUUACCUCCUGAAGGACUGUGACCUCGACAAGAGAGAGCCGCCGCUCCGGUUCAUCCUGAAGAAGAACCCUCACAACCCACGCUGGGGCGAUAUGAAGCUCUACCUGCAGUUACAGGCAGAGAAAAGGGCUCUGGAGGUCUGGGGUUCUGAGGAGGCAGUGGAGGAAGCCAGGGAGGCCAGGGAGGAGAACCGGGAGGUGCAGAAACAGAAACGCUUCAACAAGAAGGUCAAAGAGCUGCGCAGGGCCGUGAGGAGCAGCGUGUGGACCAAGAACACCAGCGGCCACCAGCAUGAGUACGGCCCGGAGGAGGUGCUGGACCCUGAGGACGACCUUUACAGAAAGACCUGCACCAGCUGUGGACAUGAAGUGACUUUUGAGAAGAUGUAGCCUCAGAGUCGGCGUUCCCACUGCAGGAACCUCACAGGUGAUGGGAACAGAAAGACCUGAGAACAAUAUUGUGAAUUGAUUCAGGGAUGGACGUUCAUUCUUUGGAGCCCUUUGGCUUAGUGAAGCAUUCAUGAUUAAAUGAAAUGAAACAUUCAACUUUAGUUUCUGUUGCUCAACCUAUUAAAGGAACCCUGGUCAUCAGAGUCACAGCUGCAGCGGUCCACAUGCAUUAGAAGCCACUCCUUGUGAAGACAUUGUCCACCAUGUCAGGUUUGAAGACCCGGUUCAGUUCCAUUCCCCAAUCUGGAUUCAGACCAGUUCUAAUGGGUCAGACUGAGACUGCCUUCAAGACCCUGUCAGUCCAAGGUUUCUGGGUGUCCUUAGUCGUUUGUGUUUUAGACCGGGAUCCUGCUGGAAGGCCCGUGGCCUUCAGAACCAUCUUUCUGUCAGGUUCAGAGCACUGUCUAGUGGGUCUAGAUGACCCAGUCCCAACAUUAAAGUGUCUGGGACAACACAAGGGUUACAAAACGUUUUCGAAAUUCUGACUUCAUUAGCGGUGUACAAAGAAAAUACACAUUUCCACACAAUCCUGAUGACAACGCUUCGUUUCCUAACAGCAUAGAGCAAACGUUGCUGAGUGUGGACUCUUUUUAUAAUUCUGACUCAAGAAUUUCUCAAAUGUUCUGUUUGCACAAACAUUUAACUUUCAGUUCGUCUGCAGAGAGAUUCCCCUUUCAGUGACUCGCUUUUGAAAUCCUGACAUCACUUCCUUCUGCUUUACCCCCGUCAGUGCAUGGGGGCUUUUUUGACCCAAACCUGGGGGAUUUUAAUGCUUUCACUUUCUCCCGAGUCCUCUGACUGAAUAGAGCUCAGGAGGGAAAUGUGGGGAAACCGUUAUGUGUCAAAUGAAAUGUGGAAGCAAGAACAUCAGCGGGAAUAGAGUCAGCGCUUUGUUGAGGAGAUUCAAGGUGAAGACGGAGGUCUGCUUCCAGAGGCUGUCUUCACAGCUCCCCCUCAUUCUGCUCCUCAGGCCUGUGGAUUUCUGAUAACUGAGGUCAGAAGUCACAUAUUCAUCAAAGAUGGUUCUGAAAUGUGCUUCUUAAAUGCUUUUAUUUCAUGGCGUCAGAAUCCGGAGAUGAAUCGUUGGACAGUAGAAUCUCAUUUUACAUCUGGAAGAAUGUAGAACGUCUUUUUCCCCUUUUAAACUGAAUUGGAGUGAAACGUAUCCGUUUUUACAGACUCUUCACAUGGUGUACAUAUUUAUGUGUGUGUAUCUAAGACUAAAACUUUUCUUAACAAAAGUUCACUUUAAAAACAAAAUUUGGACUGAAUUUUCAGUGGCAAUAAAUGUCUUUUUAAACAGAA